UUUCUAAGAAUGAUUCUGAUUGGUUACCUUUUUAUUUCGUCACGCAAUGUCUUGGUGUAUAUAAACAACAUGGAGGAAGACAAUUUUACAAGAAAGUAAAAGUUUUGUUAACGGGGUAUAAACAGCUAAUGCUGUGACCUACAGAAGAUGGGGAUCCAGGAUUUCACAGAACUUUUUAACAACCUGGACACAGCAUGUAAAGGUUAUGUGACAACAGAGCAAAUAAUAGAUUUUCACCAAUCCAUUUAUUUUGCUCCUGUGGCUGUAGAGCAUGUGAAUGGUGCUAUACAGACUGUAUGCGGGACACCAGGCAUUGUGGGAAGGUCACAUUUCAUUGAUGUAUUGGAGGAGCUAGAACGCAGACGGUCGAUAGAGGAACAAUCUUACUGGGAUUUCCAGGCCCUGGACUAUAACAGCACAAAUAGGAUUUGUCUCAAAGAUGCCCUACUGCUGUUCAGGGAAUUCCACCAGAACAGGUUUUCCAUGUAUACGUGGCAUAAGUUUCUGGACUCCCGAGCAGUUCCUGGUGCUGAUGUUUACUUUGAUGAGAUCCGGUUCUGGUUGUGUGGUUAUCCGGAGGGUGAACCAGCCACUUUGGAGCAGAUUACCAAAGAGGAAGCUCGCCUGGAACGAAUCCAAGGGAAGCACGACCUUGAUGGCUAUAAUGCCUAUAAAGUAUUGCAGGACGAUGACAACGAAACUCAGGAAUAUCAAGACGAAGCACAAUACCACAUUAAGAGGAGGAUGAACAAGUGGAAGAAGCAAGGACUGGAGGCCAUGUUGUUUGAUGAUGGACUUGAGGUUGAGGACCUGGAAUCCCAUGAUGCCUCAAAGGAUCAUGUGACUUUAAAUGAUGUCAUGGAUGCUUUGGAAUCUAAAUAUGAACUUCUGCGGGAGAAAUUAUUGUUAGAAAUGGCCCGUCUUUCAUCUUCAAUUGAAGGCGACCAAUCAGAAAUCUACCAAGAACUAUGUAAGAAAGAAAGACAACUCCGUCGAAUGGGAGCUCUUGAUACAGAGGUGGACAAUCUCCCUGGGUCCAGGAUUCCUCUGCCCAAUACUCUGCUAGGAAUGAUGGGAAAUGUCAGAACCAUCGACAGAAGGCAGAAAGAGGAAGCAGAAAGGCGAAUCAAAGACCUGGAGAUGCAGGGAGGCUUUAAGGAUGAUAUUGGGAAAAUCAUCAUGUCUGAAUACAGAGAAUCGGUGGAUGGUGACUCCUCUUGUGGAGCUGCUCUGUUGAAAAUCAACACACGGUAUCAAGAUGAGAAGGAGGCCAUUUUGUCAAUAAUCAAGGAAAAGGGAGGGCAGAUAGGGGUUAUCACCAUGGAAGCCAGUAGGUUGUCCCGGCAACAUUUACUGGCAACAGAGGAGGCAGAGUUCCAGCCCUGUGCUCUUGCUGUGGGCUUAGCUGAAAGACCCCAGGGCUACAAGUCAAGCAGGCUUACCGACUGGGACAGACUUCGUUGUGAAACUCUGGCAAAGCUUAGACUUCAGGCCAAGAAAGGAAGAAAACAAAUUAAGUCUCCCCAGAACUACUGUGACCUUGACCAAUUGGAAGAAAUGGGAGUGGUGGAUCUACAGAAAAAGCUGGUGGUGGAGCUAGUGGAAAGACAUAGAUAUGAAAGAGAGGCUGGGAUUCACAUGCUACAAGGAAGAGACAGCGAGAACAGUAAAGCGAUAGCCAAAUCAAUGACCGCAGGAGAACGAAACAAACUGCUGAAAACCCUCCGUAACCGGCACACGAACUGGAAAAACAGCCGAUCCGACAACAGCCAAGUUCUGCACGGCAUACUGCAAGAAGGUAUGGGUUUGUACUACGAGAACAAGAAGUUAGAAUUACAGGAUGUCUUGGCCAAGGUGUCGGAGGAUGAUGCAAACGAAGCAGUCCUGGCAGACCUCCAACAGAGGCAGGAAGGAGAAUUCAUCAUGGUCUUGGAUGAUAUUGCUCAAAAGACGAAAGAUGACUUGAUGAAGUUAAUACUUGCCACCAACAAACACCGGAUUGAGGAGCACUUUGACAAUUUAGCCUUUGUAGUCCUGGGAACCAUCGAAAUCAGUGAGGAUAAUAAGGACUAUGUGAAGGCCCUCGAGGAGAAAUACGAUGCCCUCAGGGACAGAGUGCUUAUCAUGGGCCUCAAGGACGAAAUGAAGGGAGAGUGGAAGAGAAUGACAGACAAAGAAAGGAAAAAAGAAAUGAGAGAGAGAAGAAAACAGGAGAAGAAGUUGAGAGGGACAGGCAGUGCGGAGGAGCUGGGAGAACUCAUUGGUCGCAAGCACAAGGCCAAGAUGUUGCCGACUCUCAGAAAGUUGAUGGGGGAAGAACGGGGAGAAUUUGAAGCCAGGUUUAUGAAGCAGAAGGCAACAGGACAAACUUCUGAUGAGAAGGCUAAUGGAAGCUUUGAACCAGAGAACGUCUUAGCUGAUUUGAUUCCUCGCUACGAUGAGGAACUGGACGUUCUGGUCAUGUGGCUGAACAGACCUGAGACAAAAUCUCUGUCCACCAAACAGCAGAGAAUUAAAAUCCUUCAGCUCAAGUUGGAGAUGUGCGCAGCAGAAAUGGAGGAGGAUUUUGAGGUGGCUGCCAUGUUUGUGGGCUUGCUGGAGAGAGUGUUAGCUUCUCAUCAUGGAAGACAUGCUACAGAUAAUGUGAGACAGAGAGACCUGGCGAGGAGGAGGACCCAGCUGCGGAGUCAGAGAAUACAACAAAAUGAGGCUUACGAGAAAAGGCUGAUUACUGAUCCUCAUCCCCGUCAUGGUGACACGACCGGAUGGCAGAUGUCUUACUUGAGGGAGGUGUUAGUGCGUCAUGAGGAAGAAAGGGAGAAUUUAUUACAUUUUCUACAGGAUGAUAGCAUGGAAGACCUGAAAGAAGCAGCAGCCAUGAUGACUGAACAGGACUCUAAGUCACGCCUGGCUGAACUUCAUGCCAAACGCAGAAGACUGAAUUUAUCAAAUGAAGAUGAUCAGGAGGAGCACACCAGUAUUUUGGAGGAGGCUGUGGCAAUACGAGCCGUCUGUAAAAAGAGACAAAUUCUGGCAGAGACCAGACGAGAGCCCAGCAAAGAUGACAUCAUCAUCAACAUCCUGAAAGACCUGCAGGAGGAACAAGACAAAGAAAUCGCCGGUAUUCUGGAAAACAUCGUGGAUUUGAAGGAGGACGAGCUGGAUGACUUGAGAACAGGAGAGAAGGACAAGAGGGCAAAUAGGAGUGUCCCUAAUGUGUUCAUUGUACUGACUCAGAGCGAGAGUAAAACUCAUGAACAGGAGUUGAUCAAGGCUCUUCAGCAGAAAUACGACAGUGUACAGACCAAACUUCUGACAGAGUGUCUGAUUUUCAAGUACGGAGAAGCAGCCUGGACUAAAAUGGGGGACGAGAAACAAAACUAUGUAGAGACAAUUACCCAGACAGUAAACAGUUUCCGGAGGGAGGGUAAUAACGUUGGUUUGAUAGAGGUUCUGGGAGGUUUUCAUUUGGACAAAACAUUUAUCAGCAUUAUUGGUGUUCAUCGGUUUUGUUUUCUGGAGCUGGUCAGGAAAACGGAAGAUGACCUUGUAUCAGAACCAGCUGAGGAGGAACAAAUCAUGAAGAACCCACUUCUGAAUCUAUGGCUCAGGUUCGAAUCUGAAAAGAAGAAUAUCCUUCAGAAACUGAAAGGGCUGGAAGAGGAAUAUAUGAGUGAGCGGGAACAACAAAUUUGUAUUACCCGAAUUACCAGGGAGACAUUGCUCUGUAGUCGUGACGACAGAUUUUUGGUCUCAGCAACUCUUGUUGGAGUGGCAGAGAGGCAAAUGGUGGAUGGAAAACCCAGAAUGGUUGGAGACAAGGCUAAAUAUGAAAGACUUGCCAAGCACAGAUUUACAGCAGCAGCAACGAAGAAGACAAGUAAUAAAGAUCAAGUAAUAAGGGACCAAAACCUGAUAUCUCAAAUGAAUGCUGUACUUGAAUUUCUGGAGUUCAAGCAUCAAUGUGAGCAAGAUCAAUUCAAGCUUCUUCUUGAGAUGUUUGUUGAUCAGAAGCUUCAUCAAGAAGUCAUGAUGAUGUCACAACAACAGAGGAAGGACCAGUUGUCGCGACUGCAGUCAAAACGAGAGACAGUUCCCCCAGAAAAACAGAAAGAGCAUGAUGGAAUUCUGAGUGAGGGUGUGGACAUUAAGCGUGAGCUAUGUCGACAGAGGAUGAGCAGCGAUCAGAAGGCGGAGGCCGUAGACAGGGACAUCCAUGAAACCAUGAUGGCUGAGCUUAUCCUUGCUCAGAAUCAGGAGGCUGAGAGAUUGCUGCAGGAUUUCAUGUCAAAGGAAAAUGAGGAGCUACAAAAGAUGCAACUUGCUCAGAUCAAUGAUCGUAAAUUGAAUAGGAGGGAAAAUGUGGCCUAUGUGGUUUUCUCCCCUGAAAUGUUCCUCGAGAUAAGCACCGACGUUGACUUGAUUGAGGCCCUGGAAGGAAAAUAUGAUGCACUGAGAGACAAACUGCUGGCGGAGGCCCUGAUCAAGCAACUCGGGGAGUCAGAAUGGCAGAGGUUAUCAGACUUGGAGCGACAAAAGAAAAUGAUGGAACUGAAGCUCAAGGAAAGACAACUCAGAAGAGAGGGGAAGUUUGAUGAAAUUUCACAGAUCCUAGGUGAUGCGUUAGAAAAUCAGGAGACACUAAAACGUCUGAUGGGAGAAAACAAAGAGGAACAGCAGAGGAAACUCAGAGAGAGGCUGGAGAGGAAGAAAAAGAGGCUGGCUCAAGGUAUGUCAGAGGAGGAAUGUAAUGAGAUAGAGAGACAGGAAAUUGAGAAGGAAGAGGAGGAAGAGAGGAAGAAUAGGAAGAAUAUCCUCCUAGAGCUGGACCACCAUUACGAGAAGGAAAAGGAGGAGCUGUUAAAACAGAUUGCACAAGGAGAUGAUAGACUUUCCAAAGAAAAAGCCCGACAACUGCAGCUGUUGAAAUUAAAGCGAGAGGAACGCAAAGCUCGCAAUGAGGACAGAUUUGAUUCGGCAGCACUGGUGCUAGGUUUGGCAGAAGAAAAUAAGAAAAAACAACAGGAAGUCACUGAAGAAGAGAGACAGCGGCAACAAAGGCUGGCAAGGGAGAGAAUCGAGGCAGCUCGACGGAAACGAAGGGAAGGGAAGACAACUCCAGAGGAGGCAAUCAACCACCAGACAGAAGACCGAGUAGAACUGCAGGAAUCACUGACCAUGGCAGUGGACAGACGCCAUAGACAUGAGAGGGAUCUCCUGAUACAGCUACUAGAUGAAUCCUCGUCAGGAGAAAUUAGACAGAAGGCUGAGGCAAUGUCUGAGGAAGAGAGACAGGACAAGCUGUACGAAUUGAAAGAACUCCGCAAGCACUGGAGACAGUCAGAGAACCGAAGCACCGAGGAACACAUGAAGAUUCUACAAGAGGCUGCCUGUUAUUUGAUUCUGUCCGAACUUCACAAACACCAGGAGGAGGGACUUACAAAGACAGAAGAAGAGGUUAAAGUUCACAUCCUGUCUGACCUACAGAUGUGGCAAGAUGCUGAGUCAGCCAUGAUUAUGUCGAAUUUGGAUGACAAGGAUGUAGGAACGCUGCAGCAAAUGGUGAAAAUGCAAUCAAUGGUGGAAGACGAGGGUCUCCAUGACAACGUGUCACAUGUUCUGCUGGACCAAUCAAAGGGAGACAAAUCUGAGGACAGAGAGGAUGAAUUGAUCCAGGCGUUGGAGCAGAAAUAUGAUGCUCUGAAGGAUAAACUUAUAGAAGCUGCAUUGAAAGAGUCAAUGAGUGAAGAUGAGUGGAACAAACUGUCUGACAGUGAAAAACAGAAAAGAAUUGUGGAAUUAAAGAUGAAGGAGAGAAAACUUCGACAGGAGGGCAAUGUGGAGGAAGCAGCAGCUAUCUUUGAGAAAGUGCUGGAGAAUGAUGAAUUGUUGGACCAGAUUCUUGGACAUGAGGAUGAAGAGGAUGAAGAUAAAAAGAGAGAUGAGCUGAUAAAACAUCGUGAGGACCAGGGACUGCCCACUGACGAGGAAACUAUCAACGGGAUCCUCGAGGAGCAGAAAAAGGAGCACGGCAAACAGAGGAGGAUUAAUGUGUUGGAAAAUUUGAACCUGAUGUUGGAAGAUGAGAAGGCGAAACUGUUGAAAGCCCUGAAGAACCAGCACAACAGAAUAGACCAAGAGAGAGAACGACAACUGGCCAUCGCUCGCCUACAACACGAGCGACGGAAACUAGCUCGAGAGGAGAAGUUCGAGUCGGCUGCCAUCAUCAUCAGUCAGGCGAGGGAGAGGGAAGAGAAGCAGAAACAAUCUUUCAAAGAGGAAAGAGAAAGAAUGAAGGCACUUGCCAGAGAGAGGUUGGAGGCGAGGAAGAGGAAGUUCCAGCAGAAGAAGGAGGAGGUCAGCGAGGAGGAGAGGCUGAGGAAUGAGGAUGAUCGGCAGCAGCUUGAGGACGUAGUGCAGCCAAAUGCUCAAGAUAUAUCGGCUGUGCAAACAUCCAUCUUAGAUGCACUUGAUCAGCGUCAAACCGAGGAAAGGAAUGUUUUAAUGGACGUCAUGCAGACAGCCAGAAACAGUGCUGCUAUUGUCAGAGAAGCCAAGAAAAUGUCCUCGCAGGAGUUAAAAACUGAGUUGCUGAAGCUUGAGAAUGCUGAGAAAAAUUGGAAACAAACCUCAAUGCAAGCCACUUUGCAUGUUGAUGAAGGAAAAAUGUCCAAGGCAGAAAAAGGCAAGAUGUUCAAAGAAGUGGCUCAGCGAAGGAGUGAUCAUCAAGCCAUCUUAACAGAAGCCAUGGUGUACAAACUCCAGCUGGAGGAACAGUCACAUAGGUCCCAAAAUCCAGAUAUGUCAGAUGAUGAGAGGAUAGAUGACCUCAGUGUGGCAAUGUUGGCAGAUCUUCAGGAAAAACAGACGACAGAAAAUUCCACCAUCCAAACCCUCAUGCACGAUAUGGAAGAGAAAGACCUUCUGGAAGUGAAGAGGGUACAGCGAAUUGCGAAGCGUGAGGGGUGGUACGACGGCCUGACCGGAAUGUUGUUCCAGCUGUCAGGGGCAGAUCUCGCGGAAGAAGAGGUCAGUCUGGAGGUGCUGGACAAGACGAUGGCCGACAUUGAGGAGGACAUGAAGAAAGAGAGAGACGACCUUAUAGCGGAAGCCACUAGUGAAAAUGCUUCGGAGGAGGAACUACAGCAGGCCCUGAAACAACUGGAGCAUGAACAAGAACUGAAGCGAAAGGCUGUGACAGCUGAUUUAGAACAACAGAGGAAGAAGUUAAUGGAGAAAGUGGCGGCGCGUAAACGUCACAUGGAGGAGAAAGAGAGUGAGGAAAUUAGAGCAGCUCAACUCAUCCUGCUGUCCGAGAGUCAAGACAAAAAACAGAAGGAGUCGAAAGAGAACGAACGCAGUCAGCAGAACUCAGAGCUACAGAAGAGAUUGGAGGCCAGAAGACUCGCCAGAAAGAAAGCUGCAGACCAACAGGAGGUCAAGAGGUCACCGACAGAUGAGGAAAGAUUUUCUGGAUCUGGUGAUAGCUCGAGACCGAGCACGAGGGACAGCAAUCCAUUUGCUUCAAUGAAACGAGAAAAGACCGCCUUGGAUGUGACUGUGUCAGACAAAGAAAAACAAGACACAUACACUAAACUGAUGAGGGAGCAGACAGCAGUGUUCCAACACAAACAGGAGAGUCAGCGGAAACAGGAGGAAAUGCUGAAAAGAAGGCUUGCAGAGAGACAAAGCAAAAAGCAAGCAGAGGUCCAAAGCCUGCUCAACCUGGGAGAACGACAAAAGACCAAUCUCCUGGCAGCUAAACAGGAUGAAAAGGACAAACAGUUAGAAAGAAUGAAAGAAAGAAUCAAAAGAGAACGUUCUCGGAGCCCUGGGAAAAAGAAGCAAGCCACCAUUGAGGAGAUGAACGCCAAUUCAUCAAUGAAGAAAUGAAGACCUUACAAUGUUGUAUCAGUGAUGUCAUUAUAUGCACAAGGACUAUGCACUGCUAUAUCAGCUGUAUUCUGAAUGACCAUGCUUACAUAAUGACUGUGAUACCGGUAGAAUAUUUAUCUGGACAUACCUACUGGAAUAUAACUAUGAUUUAUUAAUGUUUACAUGUUUAUUGAGAUAACAUACAUUGGUUUUCUUUACUUAUUUCUAUAUGUUUACAAAUGUGUACAAGCAUUUUACGUUUUCGUCCAGUUUCUCUAUUCCUAUGUAAUGUAAUACAUGAAUAUUUAUCUGGACAUAACUACUGGAAUAUAACUAUGACUUAUUAACAUUCACAUGUUUAUUGAUAACAUACAUUGGUUUUCUUUACUUAUUUCUAUAUGUUUACAAAUGUGUACAAGCAUUUUACGUUUCCGUCCAGUUUCUCUAUUCCUAUGUAACAUAAUACAUGAAUAUUUAUCUGGACAUAACUACUGGAAUAUAACUAUGACUUAUUAACAUUUACAUGUUUAUUGAUAACAUACAUUGGGUUUUUUACUUAUAUCUAUAUGUUUACGUAUGUACAAGCAUUUUGCGUGUUUCCAUCCAGAUUCUCCAUUCCUAUGCAACAUAAUACAUGGACUGAUUGCAAUAAUUCAUUUUCUGUCCUGCUGGCCAGGGAUUUAUAUACAUUAAUUUAAAUCUAUUACAAUUCCUUUGAAUUUAUUUCGAUAAUUUUAUCAAUUUAACAAACUAUUUAACCAUGUAAAUGUACCACUUUAUAAAGAUGCUAUUAAAUUUCACCAUAUC